AUGGAGCACUACCACGAUGAGGGCUGUGAUGGCACUGAGCUGCUGGACUGGCUGUUUGAUCAAAACGAAGGAAUCCUCCGUCACGAGGAAACUGGACACCAUAGCAACCAUCACACUUGGCCAAUCCAAGACGCAAAUCAGAUGCUGCAGCCGGACGAACAGGCAGAUGAUUACUUUCUAAAUGCCCUCCUGAGUGGCAGUGAGUCUGUGUCAGCCUCGCCACUCUGGUCCCCAUCUCCCAGUGACAGCGGGAUCAGUGAAGACCCUCCUUCAGACCAGAUGGACAGUCCUCAGCGUCCUGAGAGCCCGCCUGGGGACACUCAGUACCUCGGCACCAAAGCCCCAACAAAGGCAGCCCUGGAAGCCAACGUCUCCAUUGACCUCAACGGCUGGGAGCUCGGCUUCGCAACGGGCAAGACGAGGAUUACACAAUAUCCUUCUGAUGUACACAGACCGCAGCUGUCCUCCGGCUUCCCGCUAACUGUCAAAGAUCUGCUGCUAUCUGGCACACCGGAGCCACCCCCACAGCCAUCCCAAAAGUCCAUUCAAGAGUUGAUUCUCAAUGAAGACGAGAAGAAGCUUUUAGCGAAGGAGGGGGUCACUCUUCCCAGCCAGCUACCUCUAACAAAGUACGAAGAAAGGAUUCUGAAGAAAAUACGCAGAAAGAUUCGCAACAAGCAGUCGGCCCAGGAGAGCAGGAAGAAGAAGAAGGAGUACAUCGAUGGCCUGGAGAGCAGGAUGGCUGCUUGCAGUGCACACAACCAAGAACUGCAGAGAAAAGUGUCACAGCUGGAGAAAUGCAACAUGUCUCUAAUGGAACAGCUGCGCAGGCUGCAGGCUCUGGUCAUGAAUACAUCCAGCAAACCAGCCCAGACUGGGACAUGUGUACUGGUGCUCCUGCUGUCCUUCUCCCUAAUCCUGUUCCCCAGCCUCAAGCCGUUCUCUGACACCAAGGUCAGCCAAGGAGACUUCAGUCCAGUCAGAAUCCAGUCACGGUCCCUGCAGAACCUUCAGGCUUCCCGCGUGCUGCAUGUCGCUGACUCCCCGUUCUCCACCGAGGAUGAAUCGGAGCCCCUGCACCGGCAUUUCUCAGGAGACCGCGGAUUUGAAGAUAUCACCGCACUGAUGGGGAAGCUGAGAGUGAACCAAGAACAAUCCACCGUGGAGCCCAUGUCUCUGAACAGCAGUCAGGAGGACAGGAUGGGUCAUUUCCACGUAGACCCAAUUACUGGUCACAUAGCUACCGUGACCUUGGAUCCCCACCGCUCCGCCCAGCUUCAACCACAUGCUGAUGACAUGUAAGGGAAAUGAAGAAAGUAGCCCAUAUCAACUUCCCAAAUUGUCCUCCUAAUGGUAGAGCUGGGAAUCAUCAGGGGAUUUUGUUUACACAGACAGGGAAAUUAAGUUUUAAUCAUUCCUGUUUUGCCUUUAAUACAUGUUUAGUUAUUACUUAUUUGUAAUGCUGUUUUAUAUCAGUACACAGCUUUGAAUCUUACAAUUGUUUGUCAGCGUGGACUGCGCGUGCUUUGCCUUCUGGCUUUGAUAAAAUGCCAGAGUAAAUUUGUGUUAGAGGCAGUCAAACACUGGGUAAAUAGAGCUGCAAUGGUGUGUACAGUUUUGAUCUAAAUGGAUAAUUUCUGGAAUGUUUAAGGAAUUUGAAAGCACGUUUUCUCUGAAGAACGGAUUGUUUAAAUUCA